CUGACGCCCAUCGGGACGACCAUAUUCCAGAACAUCGUCGCCAAAGACAAAGACACCGGAGUCAAUGGACUGGUGGAAUACUCCAUAGUGAAAGGAUCAAUUUUGACAGUGUCUUCAGUUUUCUGUUAUGAUAGUUUAGCUGGAAACUUGUUUUUGUUCCAGGAUCGAGCUAGAGAGGAAUCCCAAAGGUUGUCUUCUACAACGACGCUAACUGUGAAUAUCAAAGAUGAUGAUGAUCUUCCUCCCUCGUUCAUUUACAAGGGAUGCAUGCUAUUGGACGGGUCUUGCAUCAACCCGGAAUAUUCUGCUUCGGUCUCCAGUGGCGUGCUCCACGGCAUCCUCAACGUGUCCCCAGAGAAAAUCCAAGCCGUCGACAUGGAUACCAUCAACUCGCCGAUACGGUACUCGUUUGUGAGCGGUACCCCGAAUUCUUACGUGGACUACUUCCGAAUCGAUCCGGACACCGGAGCCGUGCACCAAACCAAACCAGUAGACACUUCCACGACGAAGAGAUUUGCCAUAAUUAUCAAGGCCCAAGAAGUGUCCGAAGCCAAGCGAUCCACAACGGCAAAACUGUUCAUCACAGUAAAACCCGUAGACGCUCACCCACCGGAAAUAAAGUUGUCCGCCACGGAAGGUUUCGUCGACGAAAACGCCCCCAUCGGAGAGAAAGUCGUCGACGUUGAUGGCCAGCCUCUGCUCGUCACAGUCGAAGAUAAGGAUUUCGGCCCUGAGGAUCCCAAGCCGAGCUACACAUUCGAACUGACCUCGCCCUAUUUCGUCAUAGACAAAGUGGGUCACGUGAUCGUCAACGAGAACAACUUGGAUCGGGAUCCGCCGAAUCCCGGGAAAUUCAAAUUUCAAAUCGUGGCCCGCGAGAAGCCGGGAGUGGCUGCGAGCGCCCCCACUUCGGUCGCGGUGACGCUGCGCGAUGUCAACGAUAACGCCCCCAUGCUCCCCAUGAUAGCGCCGGUUUCGGUGCCGGCCGGAGAAGGCAAAAGGGUGGUCACCACGAUACAAGCGACGGAUAAUGAUGAAGGUAGGAUAGUGAUUAAAGCCGAAGACGCCGGAAAAUUAUCGAGCACGGUAAGGGUGAACAUCAAAGUGACGGACAUAAACGACAAAAACCCCGAAUUCGUUGGUGACCCGUACGAGUUCAAAGUGAAGGAAGGCCUGAACCAAACUUCUGUGGGUUUCGUUCGUGCGACCGAUGCCGACGAAGGAAUAAACGCUCUGGUGUCUUAUUCGAUCCCGGCUGAUCUGCCCUUCGACAUCGAUAACGAAACGGGAGAGAUCUCCACCAAACGACCUCUUGACUAUGAAACGCAGAAGAAUUAUCAGUUCGUCGUGACGGCAAAAGAUGGCGCUCCUGAUCCUAGGAUAGCCACAGCAACUGUAUCAAUCGAAGUUCUUGACAUUGAAGACGAAGUGCCUGUAUUUCCCAUCGGAGAAUACGAGGCCACUAUACCCGAAAAUGUUCCAGACGUCUUCGUCACUCAAGUCAAGGCGAUCGAUCCAGACACGAUUAAGAAAGUCACAUACGUCAUCCACCGAGGUCCCACGGAUCUGUUCAGGAUCGAGGAGAACACGGGGUCGAUAUACACCACCAGGGGCUUGGAUUACGAGAAGGAAAACCAGCACGUCCUCGUCAUCGGCACUUUGGAAAACAUGUCGAGCACGAACGGAAGCACAACUAAAGUUAUAAUCAACGUUGAGGACCGCAACGAUAUCCCACCGGUUUUCACCAUUAUUCCGCAUCCAAUUACUCUGGAGGACAACGUACCUAUAGGCACGACGGUAACGACCCUCGAGGCCACCGAUUCGGAUGGAACAGCUCCCGGAAAUAAGGUUCGAUACGAAUUAGUCGGAAGAGGAAAAGCUGAGAAAUACUUCCAGAUAGAUCCGGAUACUGGAGUGUUACGCGUCACGAACGAUCUGAAAAAAGAAAUUGAUACGGAAUAUCAGGAAGGUCCUUGCUAUGAUGAAAAUGUAUGUGUAAUAGGAGAAUAUUCGUUCACAGGAAAGUUCUUCAUGAACGUGACUGAAGAUAGGAAUUGUGCGCUGUAUUUGAACGGUUCGUUGGAUUAUGAAACCCAGGAAUCGUACCAAUUCGAAGUUGAGAUAAUGUCUUUGAAAGGCUUCAUCAACAAAGAUUUCGCCAUAACCCAAAUAACGGUAAACGUUUUGGACGUGAACGACAACGAGCCCUAUUUCAUCUACCCCUCGCAGGAGUUCAAGAAAUACUACGCCGCUUUAUCAGACUCAUCAGCUCUGUCUACCACCGUGAUGCAGGUCAAAGCCGACGAUAAAGACGGAGGGAAGUUCGGGAAAAUCAAGUACUCCUUGUCCGGCAACAACAGCGAGGAGUACUUCGUCAUCGACCCUUUCACGGGGAUCAUAAAAACGAAAAAGUCCUUCCAAGAGGUGGACGAGUCGGUUCUUCCGUUUAGAUUGGAGGCCAAAGCUCGGGACAACCCGAACUCCACCGACAAUUUUUUCGAGACUGAGACCCAGGUGAUCGUCAACUUGAUUGGUUCGAGGAACAGGCUGAUCCUGGUGAUCGAGGACGCCAAGCCGGACGUGGUGCAGUCGAAGAUCGGAGAUAUCGCGAGGAUAUUGCAGGAGCAUUCGGGGAUGAUAGUGGGUGUGGAAAAGCUGGCGACGAAGGAGUAUAUUGGGAAAAACGGGACUUUGGAGGUGAAUACUGCAGCGACUGACGUUUGGUUUUGCGUGGUCGACCCGGAGAACGAUACAAUUUUGGAAAGGAAUCAUUCUGUGAUACGAAGAACAUAACGUUCGACAUUACUAGUCAAAUCAAACACAACACUUUCAACAUCCACGAACCUCUGUCCGUUCCAAAAGUGAAGAGCGCUUCCAUAGCUUAUUUCAGUGGAGAUGUCUUUCCUUACGCCCUCAUCGUAAUAGCCUGCAUCAUUUUCGUCCUGGGAAUAGUCGGGAUCAUAUACAUAUGCAUCUCAUGGUCUAGGUACAAAAAUUACAAGGAGCAAAUGCACCAGCAGUACACUGUUCCAUCGAGUCCUGUUAGAUACGAUACAGUUUAUGUAGAGCCGAAUCUGAAAGAAUAUGAAACGCAGGUGUUGCAGAUGGUUGUCCCGGUGGAUGAUCAUGAAGAUUACAAUGACUUGCAUCUGGAUUUCAGCAACAAAAACCACACAUUCAGUUUGGACAAUGUCAGUUACAUCAGCAAGGACAAUAACCUUAACAAAUACGGUCAACAAAGUCCAGUUAGCAGUGAAUCUGCUACGACAGCACGAGCAUCCAGCGUGGGGGAUACUCAUGUACUGUCCAAAAACAUUAGUAAUACACUGAGACGUGAUCAUGUAUAUAGAUCUUCUGAUGAAGAAGAAAUGAAUGCCAGCCCUACAAACGACAAUGUGAUGUUUAAGGAGAAGAAAGACUACCUAAAUUUAGGAUUCUCCUUUGAUCAUUCCCCAGUCGAAACAACGACCGAACUGUAGAUAUUUUAAAAUUUUGUAUAGUAACAACAAAGUAUAUUUAUGGUAUUUUCAAGAUGAGACUUUGAGGUUUAGGUUAAUUUUGUAAUAAAUUUUAUCAUAUUUUUA